CAUGACGCCACAGCACUUCCUGUGCCCUCCGCCCUCCCCUUAUAGAUAAUAGUACUUCCUGUCAGCGGGCUCUGACAGGCCGGGCUGUGGGCGCUCGCCCCUCUAUGAAAAGCUAUAAAUGUCGGUCAGAGGUGGGUCCUAACUCCGUUGUUCUAAAGGAGUACUUUGAUCAGCCUUGAAGGUGGCUGCCUUAUUAACCUACAGAAAAUAUGAUGAGGUGAUUGCUUACCUGACUAUAUCCUAAACUUCUAUAAAACAGAAUAGAGGUUCAGUAGAGCAAUGGUGACCCACUGGGAAAAGGGCCUUCUGACACUGUUUGCAUUGUGCACUUUGUCCUCCAUUGAAUGUUUCACAGAAGAUGAAAUACCAGAGGAGUGGAUGCUCCUCCAUGUGGUCCAGGGACAAAUAGGUGCUGGAAACUACAGUUACCUGAGACUUAACCAUGAAGGAAGAAUCAUACUGGAGAUGGAGAGCCUGAAAGGUGAUGCAGAUAUUUAUGUUUCUUCUUUAAGCCUUAAUCCCAAUUUUGACGAGUAUGAGCUCCAGUCUACAACGUGUGGUCUGGAUGUAAUCAUUGUCCCCGAUCAUUUCAGCCGCCCAGUGGGAAUCGGAAUUUAUGGGCAUCCAUCCUAUCUGGAGAGUGAGUUUGAAAUUAAAGUAUACUAUGAUAGAACUAUUCAGGAGGAUCCAUUUGCCGAAGCUUCUUACAACCCUGAAGAACUAGAGGAAAGCCAAAAGCCUCAAAAACAAGCCCCAAAGGAUACAUCUCAGGAGGAGGAAUCUAUGCUACGAACUAUUCUAAUAGGAAUUCUCAAGAUUGUUCUAGAGAUACUUUUCUAAGUGCUAUUAUUUCAUUCUAUGUACCCAAAGUUACAAGAACUGGAAUCUUAAAACAAUAAAGGACAAAGUUCAGGAUGUAAAAGGCAAAUCAGCAGCUUUUACUGUUUUCUGUAUUUUAUAAAAAGAAAUCAUCGGAAAACAGACCAAAAAUGAUUCUAGAGAUCAACUUCUCCCUUUACAGUUAUGGUUAGUGAAAUAAUUGCACUCCUGUUCAUUAACCCAUGCUGGGUGACUGUGUCUUUAAGAAGCUGUCCGAGCAAAACAAAAUCUCAGUGGUGUUUCCUCACUAGUACGUCAUCUGACUAAAGUGUUACACUAUACCAUAGCCCAGGGUUAUGUACAUCUGUAAAGGGUGCACUAAUUGUGAUCCAGAUAGAUUUCUAAAUAGGACAUUAAUUUCACCUUUUAAAGGUGCAAGAUCUAACUUUUUGGAGCAGUAAUGUGGACUACUAUUUUUUUAUCAAUAUAAAUUUCUUACCAGUUUUACCUGUAUAAGGAAUUUGUUAAUGCAGGAAUUUUAUUUAACAAGGGAAGGGCAAAAAGCUAUCUUUAGCUGUCCAAAUUUUUGCGCGGACACUCUUUGAAAAUAAAACAUUACUAGCUGCCAUUGUUCUUGUGUCUUUCA